AUGCCGAAAAGACUAGCAGAGCUUCCUCUGGGGGAGAACUUCCCAGGCCCGCCGGCCUCGAAAAAGGCGCGAACGGAAGACGGGAUUGACGAAGACACCAGCAACGGUGCAGUACCCGCGCAACCAACCGAAGAGCAGCAAGACGAUCGCAAUGGCGCCAAUACCCUAGCAGCUGCCGAUAAAGGAGAAGAGGAACUGGGAGAAGCUGCGCAGGACAACUCAGGACUCUCGGAUAUUGACGAAGAGGCCUCCGCCCUCAGUGCACCCAAACGACAAGACCAGCCAAUGGAGGGCUACGGCGACCUCUACCUCGACACGGUCAAUAGAGGUGUAUUGGACUUCGACUUCGAGAAGCUGUGCUCCAUCAGUCUCUCGAAUAUUAAUGUGUAUGCUUGUCUCGUCUGCGGCAAAUAUUUCCAGGGUCGCGGUCCCAAAUCGCAUGCGUAUUUUCAUGCGCUCGAGGUCGGGCAUCAUGUGUUCGUCAACAUGGGCACCAAGAAGGUCUAUGUGUUGCCAGAAGGAUAUGAAGUCAAAAGUAAUAGUUUGGACGAUAUUAAAUAUGUGGUGGAUCCGCACUAUUCGAAGAACGAAGUGGUCAAGAUGGACAAAGAAGUUCAUGGCGCCUGGGAUCUCCAUGGUGCCAGGUACAGACCAGGAUUUGUUGGCAUGAACAACAUCAAGGCCAACGACUAUAUGAACGUCGUGGUUCAGCUUCUGGCGCACGUCCUCCCCAUUCGCAACUUUUUCCUCCUCCACGAGUUCCCCCAACUGGGCACUCCGCAACUCGCUCUUCGCUUCAGUACGCUUGUACGCAAGUUGUGGAACCCCAAAGCAUUCCGAUCUCACGUAUCUCCGCACGAGUUGCUUCAAGAGGUCGCCCUGCGAUCAUCAAAGCGCUUCACCCUCAGCCAGCAAUCCGACCCCGUGGAGUUCUUAUCAUGGUUCCUUAACAACCUCCAUCUUUCUCUGGGCGGCUCCAAAAAGCCAUCAAAAACACCCACCAGUGUAGUCCAUGCGGCCUUCCAGGGCCGUGUUCGGAUUGAAUCGCAGGCUAUCACAGCCCACUCCGACACCCAAAACGCACGUUUGGUCUUCACAGAAUCCGGCGAUAUCAACAGCCAGGUCACCCCUUUCAUGAUUCUCACCUUGGAUCUCCCCCCAACCCCCCUCUUCCAAUCGGCAAACCGGGAAUCUAUCAUCCCACAAGUGCCUCUCACCACCCUCCUCAACAAAUACAAUGGCCUCACAGCAUCCGAGAAAAUGGCCCAUCGUGUCAGACAUCGCCUUCUCCACCCCCUUCCCCCUUAUCUUCUCUUCCAUAUAAAACGAUUCAACAAAAAUCGCUUCGUGUCAGAGCGAAACCCUACCAUUGUCACUCAUCCCAGCCCCCGCUCCCUCGACAUGUCACCAUACGUCGAGCCAAACCCGGACGUAUGGCCUCCGUCAGAACCGAUCCUGUACGACCUUGUAGCGAACAUCAUUCUAGACCCCUCAAUCGCCGCCCCCGGUGCUACUGAAGAUGCAGCUGACAAGGGCGUCAACGCCGCGUCUGGCUCAUCCACUGGAGCUGGUGGCGGCAGCGAAAAGGUAUCCUGGCUUGUUCAGCUCCACGAUAAGGCUUUGUCGGCCGAAAACUCAAGCCAUCAAAAUGGCGGUGCUGCGGAACAGCGUGGUCCUGAGUGGCUCGAAAUUCAGGAUCUGUUUGUCAAGCGCGCUGAGAGUGAGACUCUCUUUACCCGUGAAGGAUACCUGAUGGUUUGGGAGCGCAGGAAGGUCCCUGGUCAGAAGGGCAAGAGUGCUAAAUAA